AAGACGACAAAGUCCAGAAAUGGCUGUAUUACAUGUAAGAGAAAACGCUUGAAAUGUGACGAAACCAAACCAGCCUGUCUCAACUGUAAGAAAAGGAAUAUUGAAUGUGGAGGCUAUGCCACUAACUUCAAAUGGAGAUCUUUUGGUGAAACCGACUCCAAUAGUACUCAAAAGUCAAAUAGUCUCAAGCGUCAUCUAGAGCUUGCCUCGCUUUCUGUCACUGGAAGGACCAUUGAUGAUAUCAAGAUCGAAAACGACUUAAUCUCGAAAGGAAUAAAUCCACACAGUUAUAAAAGGAAAAAGCACCAUUCCGAUUUCAGUAGCCAACACAUGAUCCAUGCUGCCUCUGUAGAUUCUAUACCGAGAAGAAGCAAUAGCAUGUCUAAGGAUAUGUCUCCAGUAGCCAGAGAAUCGCUUGUUAGAUCCUUCAGCACGAACUCGACUAUGGAAUCUGGGAAUUUGAUAACUUCAUUAAGGGAAGAAUACUCUCGUGAUACUUCCGCCCGUCUUGAUUCUCUAGCUGAUGCUGCAGUAGACGAAAUGAAUCGUUCUCCAUCGUCUAUAAAGAAAGAAUCUAUAGCCGAAAGUCCGGCUCUGCAACUUCCUUUUUCACCUAACUUCGGUGAUUUUCUUACUGUUCGUUCUCCGGCUGGUUCCGUAGACGAAGUGUCAAAGAUCUUAAACGAAAUAAACCUCACACCUUCGCUCUCUGCUAUAAUCAAUUUUGCUUUCAAUAUAUCUUCUCCUGUAGCAUCUGUAAUCACACCAUUGUCGACCAUACCCGAUAGCCAGCUUAACAGGUCCUUAGUUAAGACAUCAGAACAAGAGCAAAUCUUGCAUUUAUACUCUCGGUACACUUGUUGCAUCAUGUCUAUAAAGAAUGGAGCCAACGAAAAUCCCUGGCGAAACUUGAUUGUGCCUCUUGCUACUAAGUAUUCGUGUUUAUUCAACUCGAUUGCUUCUAUGACAUUAUUUCAUUUAGCAGGUAACAGCGAUUUGAAAGGAAAUGGAGCUGAUAUGAGAGCUAAGGGGUACAUCUACUUAAGGAGAUGCAUCCUUGAGUUGGCCAGUGGACUUUCCAAAGUCAAUGGCGAGGGUGAAGACAACGAAGAACUUCCAGCCGAUAUUGCACUUGCCACUUGCCUAAAUUUGGCCGUUUGUGAAUCUUGGGAUAUACAAACUUCUAGCGGAAUAGCUCAUCUUAAAGGUGCCAAAAGUAUGAUCCAGAAGGUCUUGACACUCUUGAGAGACCAACAGCAGUCUUUAUCAAAAAAGAGGAAGGAGUUGGAACUUGUUUCAAGUCCAGCAGAAAGCGAGCAUCAGUAUAAUGAACUUGUUAUUUCUAAAAAGAAAGACUUGGAAAAGAAAUUAGUAUUAGUAGAAGACAACGAGUGGGAAUGUUUAUUUGAAGAUGCUGGUAGCCAAGAAGAACCAUCAGGACAGGGAUUUGCCAAUAGAGUAGACAAGAGUAGCAUUCAAAUUCCCAAGAGCUUACAAUUCCUCUUCAAUAUCUGGAUAUAUUUUGAGGUAUUAGCUCAAAUGACUACAGACACCAAUUAUGACGACAAGGGAGUGGAUUUAGUGGCUACAAUUACCACUAUGUUGCAGACAUCUCAAAAGAACCACAGGAAAAAGAGUGAUUCAGGAGAACUGAGCGUCACUGAAUCGAUUACUAGAAAUGGAUUUAGUCUUUUCGAGAACUUUGACUCCUUUAGCUACAACACUGAGUAUGUAGAUCCAUUAUUGGGAUGUGCUCAAUCACUCUUUCUGAUCAUGGGUAAAGUUGCAAACUUGAUUGCCAAGAUUAGGAAGUCUAGAAGAAAGGAAACAGAGAGUCAAAACUGGAAAGGAGCAAAACCAAGAAAUAGUCUCAAAACCAUAACUCUUGCUACCGAAUUGAAGCAGCAACUUGUUAACUGGAAACUGACUAUAACAGCUUCCAUGAUUAACCAAGCCAAUUUGUAUGACGACAACAAUGGAAACACUUGGGAUCUUCCCUCGUGUAUUGCAACAGCAGAAGCUUAUAGAUUUGCUACAAUUAUCUAUUUGCAUCAGGCAGUUCCUGAAAUUCCAUGUCCUUCUACACACUCAUUAGCAGAGAAGAUAUUUAUACUCUUUGCAUCAAUUCCAACAAAUUCCGAUUUGCAUGUCAUUCACAUCUUUCCCCUUCUAGUUGCAUCUUGUGAGGCAGAACCGGGAGAUGAAAGAGAAUGGUGUGAGACGAGAUGGAAGUUGCUAUCUGAAAAGAUGUGGAUUGGUAACAUUGACCGUGCAUUGCAGGUUGUCAAAGAGGUAUGGAAGAGAAAGGAUGAUUACAAGAAGAAGAGGAGAAGAGGAGAGUUUGACGAAGCUACGAUGAAAGGUGGUGCCAAUAAAGAAGAUGAGGACUCGUUGAGAAAUAUUUCUGCGCAAAUCAGCGGACUUAUGUCUGUUAUCAAUGACCUGAAUGGCUCUUCGCUGGAAGAUAUUCGUGGUGGAAUUGGUUCAAAACUCCAUUGGAGCACCGUGAUGAAAGAAUGGGGGUGGGAAGUCUUGUUAGGUUAG